AUGAAGUCAUCUCAUCUUGAUAAUAUCCCAUCAACGCCUGGCAAAUUCAAGAUGGAAAAAUCCCAAUACAAUCAUAGAUUCAGAUGGCAUUAUUCGUAUCUAGCAAAGCUCACAUUUUGGAGUUUCGUUUUCUUGGGAUUAAUCUUCAUUUUCUUCUUCAAAUCACCGCCGUCAUCAUCACCGUACUCCUCCGCCGGAUCGAUCCCAUCAGAUCUCUCUCGCAGAUCUUUAAAAACCAAUUCUUGGGGUGGACCCAUUUGGGAAAAACGCGUCCGUUCAUCCGCCAAGAUCCGUUCCAAUACUGGGUUCUGCGUUUUAGUCACCGGAGCAGCCGGAUUCGUCGGAACCCAUGUCAGCGCCGCCUUGAAACGCCGUGGCGACGGUGUUUUAGGUCUUGAUAACUUCAACGACUAUUACGAUCCUUCCCUGAAAAGAGCUCGUCAAGCUUUACUAGAAAGAAGUGGGAUUUACAUCGUCGAAGGCGACAUUAACGACGUCGCAUUGCUCAAAAAACUCUUCGAGGUAAUCCCUUUUACUCAUGUCAUGCAUUUAGCUGCUCAAGCCGGCGUUCGAUACGCCAUGGAAAACCCAAGCUCUUACAUCCAUAGCAACAUCGCCGGACUUGUUAAUCUUCUUGAAGUCUGUAAAAACGCAAACCCACAACCCGCAAUUGUUUGGGCAUCAUCUAGUUCUGUUUACGGAUUGAACACAAAAGUACCGUUUUCAGAAAAAGAUCGAACCGAUCAACCGGCGAGCCUCUACGCCGCCACAAAAAAAGCCGGCGAAGAGAUUGCACAUACUUAUAACCACAUCUAUGGCCUCUCUCUAACUGGUUUACGAUUCUUUACUGUUUAUGGACCUUGGGGAAGACCAGAUAUGGCUUAUUUCUUCUUCACGAAAGACAUCUUGAAAGGAAAAUCGAUUCCCAUUUUCGAAUCUGUCAACCAUGGAACUGUUGCUCGUGAUUUCACAUACAUUGAUGAUAUCGUAAAGGGUUGUUUAGGUGCUUUAGAUACUGCUGAAAAGAGUACAGGAAGUGGUGGGAAGAAGAAAGGUCCUGCACAAUUGAGAGUUUUUAACUUAGGGAACACUUCACCUGUUCCUGUUUCAGAUCUCGUUUCUAUUUUGGAGAAGUUAUUGAAAGUGAAAGCAAAAAGAAGAGUUAUGAAGUUGCCAAGAAAUGGUGAUGUCCCAUUUACUCAUGCAAAUAUUAGUUUAGCUCAAAGGGAAUUUGGGUAUAAACCAACGACGGAUCUUCAAAUGGGUUUGAAGAAAUUUGUUCGAUGGUAUGUGAGUUAUUAUGGAUCUGGAAAGAAGAGUGAUCAUUGA